AGUGAGAGUCCAGCGUGCUGCAACAACUAAAACUUGCAGCUGAGGGAGCGGAGAGGACGCAUGUGGCAAGUCGCAGCUGCUUUGUGUAUACAUGGCUGCAAAAGCCUGCUUCUUUCUUUCAGUGAAUGCAUAGAUGGUGAGGGGACGUUCGGCUGAUUCAUUCAAGGGAGGAUAAUAGAGCUGCUGGCAACACAUCGCCUGGCACACAUUUCGGUGUAAUUGCCGCUUGAGGUAUGGACGGGCUGCAGGCACAAAAUGCAGGAGUUGGCGACAUCGGGGAAAACGCGGAGGAGAGGUAUCGUGCUUUAGCCUAUGACACUGCUCUGAGCACUUUGGUGGCAGUGGUCGUGUACGUGGUGGUGAAAGUGAGCCUGGAUGGCAUCAGACAGUGGCGGGCCAGGAUCUCGGUGCUCAUCGUGGGUUCGGGACCCGUGGGGCUGACGGCCGCGCUGGUCGCUGUCCGCUCCGGUAAGGUGCUGAAACUGACCGUGCUGGAUGAGAGGUACCGGACUGCCCUGCUCUGCCGGCCCCAGCAGAUCGCCCUGGAUCCCCGCAGCGUGAAGUUUCUGCUGGGACUCGGGGUGGACUUUGAUAACAUGGAGGGCUGCUGGCACAACGAGCAUUUCUUCACCAGAAUAGGUGUGUUUCAGGAAUACCUGCUGAGCAUCCUGGAGCAGAAGAAACAGAAGGUGGACGUCAAGGUGCUGUUGGGGACUAAGUUUACAGAGGAAUACCUGCGGCGAAUCCCACACAAUAACUGGCCACGUGUGAUCGUGGUGGCUGAUGGGUCGUGUGGUGACUCUUGCUCUGUGCUGGGCAUCAGCUCUGACUACACUGUGGAGUCCUGCCAUGCCUAUGGAGCUAAUGCAACUAUAGAGAGACUAGACCAGAGACAGGUACCCACUCCUGAGAUCCGUGCCCACAGCCUCUUCUUUGACCUGUCUGCUUACGGGGUAGAGGCCCUCCGAGAGCAUCGAAAUCCUUCGACCAAAUCUGGCUUCCACCUGAAGAUCUAUGGCACCUUCAGAAACCGCUACAUGGCCCUCGUCUGCCCCGCCUCCGACACCAAGAUGGUUCGCUUCCUCAGGCACACUGCCAACUCCUCUAUCAUGAAGAACAUUUUCCAUCAGUCCUUUAAUGCCUAUAAGACCGACAUAGAGCCUCGCCUCAACGACGUGACCCUCCACCACAUGCAGUGCAGCCGGCGUCUCUUUGAGAUUCAGUUAUCACACAGACGCAUCAGCGCUGCGUACAUGGAGGGAGACAACGUGGCAGUCACUGUGGAGGGGGAGGCAGCACGCGUCCUUAACUUCGACACAGGUUGUGGGGUAAAUCUAGGAAUGCUGGGUCUGGAGUCAAUGGGGACAUUCAUUUACAGGACAGCUACCGCUGUGGACCAGAAUGACAUUCUAGAGGCACUGUCAGCUAAGAUGCAACACUCCAGACAGGUGGCUGAGACCUUCAAGCAGACAGGCCUAGUUGAAUCAAUGUAUGAAUGAAACAGGAGGAUGACCUGGUGAAUGCACAAUGCCACCUAGUGGAAACUGGUGGUGGAUUCUUUGUGUUUACAAUGAAUGUUUACAAUGAAUCAUGAGUCUGCUGAAAUGGACCACUAAUGGUUACAUACUGAAUGGAGCUGAAUGAGCGUGAGCUGUGAACAGAUGGAUAAUGGAUGUAAACAUGUGAUCAUAAGUGUUUGUGACAUACAGUGAGUGGAUCUACUCGUGAUGGAUGGAGCGAGAAUAAGGCCACAUUUAGUACAAGCCAUUCAAAGCUGUUCUGAUUUUCAGGUUGCAAAUCCUGUUAAUACUGCGAACUGUGGCAGAAAGAAAUAUCAUCUCUUAAAGUUGCAAUGAAACAAUAUACAUUGACUACUAAUGAACUGCACUUUGGAUUUCUGUUAAGGGGAAGAAAACUAGCCCUCAGAGACUGAGAGUAGUUCAUAUAAAUGGUUUAUUUGUGAUCUGAUUACAAUUUUCAUCACUGUCGCCCUCUACUUUUAUUAGGGGAAUAACUUGACUUGAUUUCCAAAAUCUAGUCGAUCUUGCUCUCUGGACAUCACAUCAAUGAGAGUAAAUGUCAUAGCAUCAUAAGCUUGAACUGAUAAAUGUAUAAAACUGUUAUUGUCCAUGAUUUAGACAGAAGGAUGAAGUGAAGAGGCAGCUGCUCCAAGUCUUUGUGUUUGUUUGACAGUGUGGUGAUAAUUGUGGUGAUGACAUUCUUAAGUAUUUGCUAAAGUGGCCAGUUUUUGUGUGCUGCCUUGUAAGUUAUGAUUUUUGGUAUAUUUCUUAAAAAAUGUAUAAGGUACCACAACCAUAUUAUGAGCCAAAUGUAUUAUUACAAAGACAUUUUGCUGGGGUCAUAUAUUCUCUUUUCUUUUUAUAUUUUGCUCCAGGUGUUAAUCUGAGAGCACUAUCAUCCCUAAAAGAAUUAUAUUUCAGAUGAAGGAGAGUAUGCUGAUAAUAAUGUCCUGCUCCAGUGAUAGUGCCAAUAAAGAUGAUGGUUUGGCAACAGUGA